AUGUCGGACCAAGAUGUUGUUAAAAGAUUGCUAGAAAAACUACGCCAGCAGCUUAAGAACAAGAAUCAAAGUAAAUGUUUGGAAAUUAUUGGAAUUCUUACAGAGCAUAUUGAAGGUUUAGCAUCACCAUCAGAAGUUUACUACGCUGUUGAACUUCUUUUGGAAUGGAAUGAACAAAAAAUUGACGUUUUGAGAUUUCUCGCCAAAUCCUUGCACAUAUUGAAGAGUGAAAAGUUCAACGAAUGUAAUAAGAAAGUUUUUGAGUUGAUUCAAACACUCACAAAGAAACAUCCUGAUAAAAUCAAAAUAUAUUCAAAAAAUAUUGUUGACAUUUGCACAAUUUACAUUCAAAAUGUCAGCACAAGUGCCAUUGAAAAGGAAAGUGCCGUUCAAACUAUUCACGAAGUCCUAUCAAAUAAUGCUUUUGGAGAUGAUGUUGAUUUAAGUAAAGUUAUAACAGACGUCGCAUCGAUUUUCAAGCAGAAAAAUCCGCCAAUGCGGUUUCAACAACAUUCAUAUCAACUUCUGGGUUUACUUUCGAAAAAUCAUCCAGAAAAGUUUCUCGACAGCCAAGCAAUUGAGUUGAGAAAUCAAAUGAUUGCAACCGUUCAAUCACUCUUCAAAGAUGACAAAGCGUCGAUAUCAAUGGUUGUGAUUAGUGGAGCUGUCGAAGGACUUAAAAGUCAUUUGAUUCAUUUCACACCGACAAUUGAUGAAGAUCCUCAAUUUAGUGAGAAACUUUAUGAGUGCAUGUUUCAAUUGUCAGAUCCUGAUAGACUUCCAAACCCAACAACACGUGUGGCCUUUCGUAACAAUCUUCAAUUGAUUGAAAAUUACGGCGGUUUACAUGAAAUUCCAACAUUUUUCUUUCGUGAUUAUAAAAGUUGGCAUAAAACAUUAAAGAAAUGGACGAAUGCGAAACUUUACGAAGACAAAAGUGUGGGAAUUUUUGCGACAAAUGCAUUCCAUCAAUUCAUCGCGACAACAAUUGAGAAUCGUAAUUCAAUCGAAGACAAACAAAUUCUUUUGUUCUUCAUGAAAUAUUUUCAAGAAACUUUGGAAUCGCCAAAUUCUCAACCACAUGAAAUUCGAAUAGCAAUUCGUGGAUUUGGAAUCAUGGCUGGUGCUUGUCAAGUUCUUUUGGAAUCGAAAUAUUUAAGUGAACGUUUCGAUCUUGUGAUGCAACGAACUCAAUAUUCUUAUUACACUAACGAUCGAUUAAAACGACGAGAUGUUCUCGAACAUCUUCCACAUUAUGUCGAAUCACUUUCCAAGAUUAUGACACAUUUAAAUGAAAUUUCUGGCUUACAAUUGCAAUCGCUUGAGACAAUUAUGGUGAUUUUGAUUAAAGAUUUUCAUUUUCUAUCAACGGCGCAUCAUCCAUUGGUGGCCUCUUCAUUGUUGGAAACUUUAUUAAAUCUUCAGAAACUUGGUGGAAAAAUGUUACACGAUGUUAUGGAGUCGAUUGUUUGGCAAGGAAUUCUGUGGACUUGCAGUCAUCAAUCAGUUUAUGAUCUUGAAGAGAAUCUUGAGAAUGUUAAAGAUUGGAAGGAAACGAUAACUUAUAAGAAAUAUUUACCACUUUGGAGUCGUUUAUUGUCACCAUUAGAUGAGAAUCAUGAAGAAAUUUCAAGUCUUGUUUACAUGCAUUUUAUUAAUAAUUUGUUUAAAAUCGUCGAGUCUUUGGAUUUAAGCACGAAAAAGAGAAAAUUUUAUGACGAAUCCAACAAUGUCGAAAAGGAAUUUUCAUUCAGCGAUCCAAGUUUAGAUUUGGAACCAUUACGAGCUGAGAACUUUCAAGUUCUGUACAACAUCGUUCACUUCUACAGUGAUUUAAUAUUGUUGCAGUCAAAUGAAUGUUUGGAGAAGAACUUCUUGCAAUGGAUUGAGAUGUGGUUGGAAAAUAGCAUAAAAUUGUCGUUUAAGCAUCCGCUCGUGUCGGGAUUUCUUCAAUUAAUUGAAACUGCUCUUAAAGUUAUCAAUCGUUUGAAUGUUACAAAUGCAACCGACUUUGACAUGACGAAAAUCGAAGAAUCGCUGAGUUUUUAUAUCAAAUCGAUGAUCAUUUCCCGAUGUCAACUUUUAUCAAGUGAACUUCAAAUUGCGACUCUUCGACUUGUCUUUCAAGUUCCAAUUGACAUUCUUAUUGAGUUUGCUGAUGAAUUUAUUCCGAUUUUCGUCAUUGGAUUUAAUGUUGGAAGAAGUUUAUUGUCGAUUGCAAAUCAAGCUUUAACGUGUUUCGAUAAAAUGCUCGAUUCACUUUCCGAUGACCCAAAGACAAGAGAAAAAUUAUUGCAAGAAGUUUUGCCAUGUUUGGAAUCAUUUCUGUCUACUCGUGAUUCGGGAGAUUCAAAAGAUUUCCAGAAAUCGUUGAAGAAUUCUUUCAUCAUUCAAACGACGAUUGAAACUGAUUUGACACGUUUCAAAAAGAGAAUUUUAUUGACAUUGGGCAGGUUUGACCCCAACGAUGUCAAAUUUAUUCUCUCGAAAUUCGAUCAAAAGUUGGUGCGCGAUCAUGUCGCAAAUGUUUUUCGAAUUCGAUUACUUUGUGAAGAUCCUUUGAUCCCAAACAUCUUUCUUGACAAUCUUAUUGAACGUGUUUGCCAAUUGGCUUUGUCAUCGAGUGAAAGGACAACGAAAAUUGCUGCUUGUGAGCUACUUCAUGGUUUGGUUCUGUACAUCAUGGGCAAGAAUCUUGAUGGAGCUGAAACGCUUCCAUUGUGGAAAGAAAUUUGUAAAAAUCUGAUAGUUCUUGCAACUGAUCAAGAUCAAACAGUGCGUCAAUUGUUCGAACCACUUCUUAUGCAAAUGAUGCAUUACUUUGCACAACCAUCACAGAUCUUAAGUUCAUUGACGACUGUGAUAAUUGAAGUACUCAUGGAAAUGAUUUCCUAUAAAAAAAGCAGCGGAGUUCAAGAUUUGUCAGCUCGAUUACUUCGUGAAUUUAUUUUAUGGGUGAACAAAACGACAAACAGAAACCAAAGACAAGCUUCACCAAUCAAACUUGUAGAUUUAUUCUUUGAGCUAAGAAAGAUGUCAAUCGAAACGAACGUUUCAAGACGAAUUGGGGCGACUUUGGCUUUUAACAACAUCUAUCGAAUUGUGAGAGAAGAUGAAGCUUUAAUCGAUGUUUAUUGGAUUUAUUUAUUAGACACGUUUGCGAUAAAUUUCAAAAACAGCGAAGACUUCUCAGUGAAUCUUGACGACAACAGUGAACAAUUCGAACAAAUAACUGCAACAAUGAGUCACUUAACUCGUGUCUUUGUCGAGCGAAGUGACAUUUUUCAUCGUGCAAGUACCGAAAGAAUCCGACCCAAUGGCUUUGAAGGAAAAACUUUGAUUGAUGUCUUAAAAUGGCUGUUUAAGGAGAGUGGAUGUCAUCAACAUCAUUCCAGAUACAGGCACAAUUGCAUGGAGAUGUUCCUUAAAAUUCUUCCAGUGUGCGGUGUCAAAGAAGAAAUUUGUGGGAAGAUUUUGAACGUUGAGAAGAUUCUCGUCGUUGGUGAGCGAAACGGAAUUGCAACAACACCUGAUUUGAAGCAUUUAAGUCACAUCAAAGCGGGCAUUUAUGGAUCAAUUUUCAAAGAAAUCUGCAAAUGGAUGGAAUCGUUCUUAAGUUCAUUGGACUUUUAUCAUUGGAUCUUGACGAAUGAUCUCGUCAAUAGCGAGCAAAAGAAUGAACUUUUCAAACAUUCAGUUGUGCUGAAAAUCAUUUAUUUCUUUCUCAAAGGUUUCAUCAACAAAGACAUCAUCGACAUUGUUGAAUUAGCAAAUGAAUCGCACAUCAAUACAAGUCAAAUGAAUCGUGAAGCGAGAAUGUAUAAUCGAAAUGUUGACAAUAUUAGCGUCAUUCGAAGUUUGAUUCUUGUGAAAAUUAUUGAUUUAUUCACAAUUUCCAUCGAGAUCGAUGAAGUGAGUGAAUUUCUUACGAAAUAUCAAUUUGAAAUCUUCGAUAUAACAAAGCAAUUGAUUUUCUUACCACAACGUCUUGGAUAUUCUUAUAAAACGAAAAAUUCUUUGAUUAAAUUACCCGAAAGAAUUAUCAAAUUCAUCUCAUCAAUCAACGACCAUGCACCAAAUGAAUUUAAAGAAUCUUUGAUUGAAGUUCUGCGUACUGAAGUCAUCACGAAUUUCAACGAAGUUUGGCAAAAUUGUGACAAGUCGUUGAAUGAGAAAACGAUAAGUUUGCUAGAAAGCAACAAAUUACGUGGAAUUGACUUGAUGUUAAUUCAAUUGAAACAUGUUUUGUCGUUCGAUGCGUUAGCUCAACAAUUACUCGUCAAAACCGCGGAAGUUUUGUUGAAGAAACUUUUCCAAUGUGUUGUGGAAGAAAAAUUGAAUGUUAAACGACCAAAAUUAUUGACACCUUCAGCAAAAGCUUAUGCCUCGAACAUCAUUCAAUUAUGCUUGAAAAUCAAUGAUUUCCUAUCAACAACUGUGACUUUCUCAUUCAAUGACAUGCAGUUGAUGAUCUCGCAAUCUUCUAGCAUCAGACAUGGCGAACAUUUCAUUGAAACAUUUAAGCAGCCAAUUUUCAAAUUAUUCACAUCAAACAUCAAAGAAACGAUUCAACUAUUGGUGAAUGAAAUGAAAACAACAAACGAUACGAAUCGGUUGAGAAUUGUUGCAGUUCUCAGUGAACUCAACGAUUACAUUUUUAAACAUUGCACUGACAACAAAGAACUUCUCGAUGUUAACUUGCAAACAAUGAUUAAACAUUGGCCAAUAAUUUAUCAAAUAUCACAAGAAAUGGACAAUAAUCUUAACUCAGUUGAUCUGGCGAUCAUCAAUCUCAUCACAAAAAUGGCUUUGACAUCUCCAAUUGAACUUCAUGAACUUGGAAAUCGUCUUGAAAAUUUACAAAUUUGGCUUUUUAAUUUCCUUCAAAAUCGAAAUUAUUCAUUUGAACUAAAGUCGAAAGGAGUUUUUCUCCUUCCAUGUGUUGCAAGUAGCAAUGACACGGCGUUGAAUGAGAAGUUGAUGAAUGAUUUGAACUCAAUGCAAUACAAUAUGCCAUUAAGAUCGCGCGAAUUUCCUGAGGGAAGUCUGGCAAGAGUUGGACUUGUGAGAUUCACAGAAGAAUUAUUUCAAGCACUUUUGACGAGUCGUUCGCCAGCUGUUUAUCGAUUCAUUAUCAACAUCACAAUAUCUGACGAUGCUUACAUCAUGGAAUCAAAACUUCAACGUGUUCAAGUCAAUUUAAUGGAACGAUUGUCAUCAACAGAACAAGAAGUUAUCAUGAACCAAACAUUUGAUGAAUUUUCAACCAAUAAAUGUGAACCAGAAAUUCGCCUUAAAUUUGUUUCACGAUUUUUGUUAACAAUCAUGAAGAAUUCUCAUGUAAAUGUGAUGAAAUCUUUCAUUCGACAAAAGAUGAACUUGAUUUGGAGUUUAAUUGAAGCGCCUUUAAAUGUUGACAUGGAAAAUGGUUUUGUGAAUCGAUGUGCUGGUUACAUGAUCAUUGAAGCAUUUGCAGCGACUGUUCCAUGUUCAAUCAUUGAGAAAGAAAGUUUCACUUAUGGAGGGAAAUUGGAAGUUAAAGGCACGGAACUAAUUAAAGAUUUUAUCAAGAAAGCGAUGGAAGUUCGAACUGUCAUCACAUUUAUUGUUGAUGAUCCAAAGCGACAAGAAUUAUUCCGACAAUUUCAUUGCUAUUGUUAUCGAGCUUUAGCUUCAAUUGUUUCCAACACGAAAGACAAUCCUUUGAUUUAUAAUCUUGCGUUGUUUAAAGAAUCGUCUAAAACUGGUUACAUUUGGCGAAACUUUAUUGACACUAAAAACGAAGAUUUGUAUGGAAAUUUCACACAAGAAUUUGAUGAAUUGCCGUCACUUAGGGAAUACAUUGUCAGCAUUAAAGACCUUCAAACAGCAUCAACGACAUCGAGUCAGAGAAAAAUUUCUUCGUCAAUUUUCGAACAUUCGUUGAGUCAAUCACUGACGAAAACUGAUUUGUCACAUUCAGUUGUGUUCUCAAAUCGUGAAGCACUUCAACGUCAACAGCAACGAAUGGAAGAUGAACAACAAAGAACGAUGCGACUUCAACUUGAAUCAACUCCAAUAAAUAAUCAUGAAGUGAUGUCAGUGCUUGUUGGUGUUGUUAAUCACAUGCAUAAAUGUCGAAUUACGCCGUUUAUGGAUUUUGAGAAAUGUGAUGAGAAGAAAUUCGAAUGGGUUUUGUCAUUAGCUGAACCAUUAAGAAGUCGAAAUGUCCAUAAGAAUGUUCGAAUGUUUCUGGCAAAGCUCAUUGAGAAUUGUCGCGAUGUUUUUGUUUACUAUGCGAAGUUCUUGCUUGGACCAGUCAUGUCAGUCAUCGCCGACAAAUGUUGUGGAUUGAAAAUGAAUUUCUUCAUCACGGAUUUAGUGACGAUGUUGUUAUCAUGGAGUCCCGUUUAUAAGCCAACAACGAUGAGCGAGAAGGAAGAUGCUUGCUUUAUUAUGAAGUUUCUCAUGGAAAAUGCUUACAACGAACGAAGUGAAAUUUUUCGAUUAAACUUGGAGUUGAUCAAAAAGCUCGUCGAGACAUGGAAAGAAAUUUUAGUUGUUAAAAUUCCAUCACAAACAUUGCUGGAUUUACUGCAAAAGCCUUUGGAAGAAGAAAUGAAUUUAAAUCUUCGAUGUGGAAUUCAAUUGAAUGCAGUUUUGCUUAUCAAUGACAUCGUUCCAUGGAAAGAUUCUGAACAAAGGAAACAGUUUAUCGCUGCAAUUGUGAAUUGUUUUCGUCAUUCAAAUUCGCAAAUUUAUCGAGCAGCUGCACAACUUCUUGGAAUGUGUUUGCAUCAAAUAGUUGGCGAUUGUCAAAUGGUUGAAGGUGAUGAAAACUUUCAAAUUGUCAGUGACAUCACAGAGAGACUUGAAAAGAUCAGACGAAAGGCUGGAAAUGAUUUUAAUGCUUUUCUUCAACUUUUGUAUGGAAUUCAGAAAAGUUUUCCAAGAAUUCUCGAUCCAUUCAUGACUUUGAUUAAAUUUAGCAUUCCGAAAGCGAUUGGAAAGAUUAAAACAAUUUAUUUGGAAAUGUUUCUUGCACGUCUCGAGAUUGAAGGCGAAUUUGUUUAUCGUGAAAUUAUUUCGAUGGGAAUCAAAAAUCUUCUCAAGCAAAAUGAAUUUCAAUUAAUUUCUCUUCACAUUGCGAAUAAAUCUUUGGAAUAUCUUAAGAAUGAUGAGAUUGAAAGUCUUAUGAAUGAUUUAAUGCCAUUGGUGAACUCACCACGUGAUGAUGUCAGAAGAAUUCUUUACGAAAUGAUGAUUUUCAUUGUUGAAAGAUUUAAAAGUGAUGAAAUGUCUUCAUUGAUACGAAAGAAAGCGAUCGAAAUUAUUCUCAAAGGUUUCAUUGACAACAACGUUGAAAUAAGAAAUCGCGUGGCAAACUUUUUAAGUCUUGACAAUGAACUUCCGAAGGAUUUUAUUGGUCGAUUUCGUGUUCUUUUGGAGAAGUUUUACGAUCCAAAUAUUGGACGUGAAUUUCUUCAUUACUCAACCCAACUUUUGCUUGACAUUUCCAUCAGAAAUCCUCAAUCGAAAGAACGACUUCUUGAUUACGACUCAACCAAAGAUAAAGAUUUCUUUGAAUAUCCAAUCGAGACCAAAAUGAACAGCAAACGAUCAUUGCCACCAUUAUUUGUUCAAUCGCAGCAGAAGACUUUAAUUGCUGGUGAUGGUUCUUAUUACGAUCAAAUGGUUCGUGCAACGCAACUUGGCAAUGACACGAUGAUGUUUACACCCACGCAAGAUCCGAUGAUUCUCACACAAGUUUCACAAAGUUUCAACUUUCAACAAACACAGAAUUCACUUUUCUUUAAUCUUAAGCCGCAAUAUCUUGACAUGAGAUCGAGAAGUUUCACUCCAAAUUCAGCUGCUGAUGAUGACAUUGAAGCUCGAAUAGCAAGAAAAAAGGAAGGGAAGAGACAUGACGAAGCUUUUGAUUAUUUACGUCAUCGAAUUUUGCGACAGCAUGAAGAGAAUCGUUCGAAAGAUUACGCAAUGAAAGCGAUUGACCGAAGAAACUUCCAAGAAGCGAGAAGCCGAGAGAAAUUCAGACAAUCACGAGAAGGCAAAGAAGUGAAACUUUAUCGUCGUUAUCGUCUUGGUGAACUUCCAGACUUUUUCUUCAACACUUUAGCUGUUCUUCUUCCACUUCAAGCACUCGCAAAGAUUGACGAUCAAAUAGCGCGCGAUGUCUUCAUUUCCAUCUUUCAAUCCAUCAUUCAAAUACUGAAACAAAAAGAAUCGGGAGAGGAAACUGAAAACGAUUUCUUCCAAUCCAUCAACAACUCAAUCAUGUCGAUUCUUAAACAAAAUCUUAAUUCAAAGAAUUCUGAUACGUUUUUAAUGAUGACAUUGAUUGAGAUGACAAUGAAGAGUGGAAAAUAUUUGGAAAUUUCACCUGAUGUGUUGGUAAAUAUUUCAGUUAUGAACAACAUGAUGGUGACUGGUGUUUUGUUUCUUGAAUCGCAAUUAAAUUAUUUGUUAAAUAAUGAAGAAAAUAAUGAAACUGAUGAAAUUGAAGAGCCACAACAAAAACGAAUAAAACUUGAUAACAACGACGACAUAAAACUUCAUCAUUGGCUUAAACUUAUUGAACUAUAUUACAAGAUGAACGAGUAUGAAGUUAUUGCCGGAAUAUUCACAGAAAAAUUAAAUUUAAUGCCAGAAACACGACAUCAAUUGAUUAAAGCGAUUGAUUACGAGUCAAAUGAAAGAUUUUUUGAUGCAAAUGGAAUUUACGAUAAAUUAAUUCAUCAAAACUUGUGGAGGAAUACAAGUGAGAAGGAAUUUUAUUAUCAGUCAAAAUUCUUUUGUUUGGAGAAGCUCAGCGAUUGGCGUGUGAUUACUGAAGAAAUUCGUAAUCAAUUUAACUCUUACAAUGAUGCUUGGGAUGAGAAAUUUCCUUUUUAUAAGGAAACUUUAUUGCCGCAUUUAAUGAAGAGUGAACUUCGAAUGAUUCUAAACAACGAUCAAGACGUCGAUGAUGAGUUUAUGAAGAUUCUUGAAGAGUGGAUCAACGAUGACGUGAAAUGCAAAUAUUUGAAGGAAAACUUUCCUGAAGAGAUCAUCAUGUUGCAUAUUUUAGAUUCAAAGAUUGCUGAAGGGCAAUUGGAAGCUGAGAAAGCGAUUCGUUUUUGUUGUGAAGAGUUUAGUGGACUUGAGCGGUUCGAUGAGAAACAUAAAUGUUUAUUGAAAGCCAGAAAUAUCGCUGAACUAACAAAUUUCAUUCAUCUCACUACGUCAACUGAUGUUUCGAUGAUUGAAAAGAAAGUCAAGCAGCUUUUGCAUAGUUGGAAGACAUCGAAACCAAUACCAUCAGAUUCACUCGUUCUUUGGCAUGAUCUUCUCGCUUAUCGUCGAAAUUUCCAUCGAAUUCUUGAAGAAAAUUAUGAAAAGUUUGGAAAUGUUACAGAAGAUUCUUUCGAUUAUCUUUUAAACAUUCAAAGAAACAUUUCAAACGUUGCAUUUGCACAGAAGAAUUGUGAUGCUGCAAAGUUCAUCAUUAAUGGAUUGAAAGAUGAGAUUCGAAAGAAGUCAAGCAAUGAAAUGAUCAAGAAAUAUAAAUUAGCAGUUGGAAAAUAUUCGAUGAUGGUUGCGGAUCAAAAACUGACAUCAGUUGAUGAAAAAAUGAUGAAACUUUACAAUGGAAUGAAGAGUCUUGUCAAUGGUAUCAUCAAAGCUGAAAUAGAAGGCGAGGUUGAAGUUCCACAAAUUAAAAUUGAAGCUUACUCUUGUGCCAGUGAAAUAUCUUUGAGAUUAUGGAGGAUUUAUAAGAAAUGCAGUGAAGACGAAACGAUUGAAAUUCCAGCUGAUUUUAGUCGAGAAAUUCUUAAACUUCUUGAUGUGUCAGAUGACGUUGACACUUCCAAUGUCACUGAUCACUUGUUGAGAUUUUCUGAGUUAUCUUUGAAGUUUGGCAGGAAGUUAGCGCAAAAAAUUUUAGACACAAACUACAGCAUGGAGAACGAAACGAUGCUUGGAGAAGUUCAUCAUAAAUUGGGCCAAUUCUACUAUCAAGUUUAUGAAAGUGGAGCGUUAACGUCAAAAGAAAUUCAAAUAAAAAUUCUCGAAUCGAUUUUUCGUGCAAUUACUCAUGGAUCAAGUGACGCAAAGUUCUUCAUCCCUUGGAUUCUUCAACUUCCCUACUUGAAAAACAAUGAACUAACAAGUCAGUUUAAUAAUCAAUUGACGUUAGUUCCCGAAUGGAAUUUCAUUUCUUACAUUUCUCAAAUGAUGUCAAACUAUGAUUUCGAAGCUGAUUGUUAUCUCGAUGAAUUGUUAAUGAGGAUUGCAACCAAAUAUCCUAACGCUCUUUAUUUCCCCUUCGAAUUAUCAUUCAACAAUCAUAAUAAAAUCACAACAAAGAUGAAAGAAAAUGUUUUCAAAAUCAGAGAAACAAUUUCAAAUCCAACCAUUGACAUGUUCAUGAAAUGCCUUCAAUGUCUUGUAGUUCCAGAGAAAAUGAUUCAAGCUCAUUUUAAGGAUUUUGAGUUUGAAAUUGAAUCGAAACUUCCUGAAAUGAACACGAAAAUGUUUCAAGAUGCUGUCAAAGUUUUCUAUAAAAAUGUUUUUGAAAAUAAUGAAAAUUUAAAGGGAACAAGUUUCUCGAUUAUUCACGAGUUUAAGGCAAAGAUUCGCGAAGUAUUCAACAUGAAAUGGAAUCAGAAAACAAAAAGCUUUUUGCAUGAGCUUCGAUUUCAAAUCGAGAAUUUAGGGAAACAUCGACGCGGUAUUGAAACUCUUGAAGUUCAUAAACUUUGCAAUUGGUUCGCUGAAUAUAAAUGGUGCGGUGAAAAUGAUUUCAUUGAAAUUCCCGGACAAUAUGUUGGCGAUCGAAAACCUUUCAUUGAACAGCACGUAAAAAUUGUUAGAUUUGAGACUCGUUUGAAGGUUUUCCGAUCGAAACAACAACCAAUUGAAAUAAAAAUGUAUGGCAGUGAUGGAAAGUCUUACAGCUUCAUCAUUAAAUACGGUGAAGAUCUUCGACAAGAUCAACGAAUUCAACAAGCGCUUUGCACAAUGUCACGUCAGCUUACAAUGGAUAAAAAUUGUUUGAAGAAUAAAUUAAAGAUUCAGACUUAUGAAGUUGUUCCAAUCAAUUCAACUUGCGGAAUGAUUUCGGUUGUGGAAGAUGCAACGACAAUGGCAGACUUUCUUAAUAAAACUACGUCCAACUUCCUGCAGAAAUCUUUGUACGAUUUCAUCCCGGAAAUUCGUAAUGAAUAUAAAAACUUUCUCAUUGGAAAUGAAAAUUUCACGACGUUUUCGAAUGCUUACACAAAUGCAUUACUCCGUCGUGGUAAAGGAGCGAUGGCUGAAGAGUUUGCAUCGUUCGAAGCUUUAUUGCCUCAAGACAUCAUUCGACGAUCGUUAAUGGAAUCGGCAUUUUCAAUGGAAACUUAUUACAUCCUUCGUCAAAACUUUAUCACAAGCAUGACAGCGAUGAAUGUCGCACAUUGGCUGCUAGGAAUUGGUGAUCGUCACAUGAACAACAUUCUCAUCGAUAUGAAAACGGGAAAGUUAAUUGGAAUCGAUUUUGGUGUAGCAUUUGGUGCUGCGACGACUCUUUCAAUUCCUGAGCUCGUUCCCUUCCGACUAACAUCGCAUUUUGUUAAUGUCGUUGAACCUUUGGGCGUUAAUGGAAUGAUUAGAAAGAACAUGAAUCAUGUUAUGAGAUGUUUUCGUCAUUUCAGUCAGACGAUUUUGAUUUGUCUCGAAAUGUUUGUAAGGGAACCGACCCUUGACUGGCUUCAUGGGUCAAAGAUGAAAAAGAACAUCGAAAAUGCAAAUGUUUCGAUGGGAAUAUCUGAUUGGAAUCCUGAACAAAGAAUCGCAAUUGUUGAACGCAAACUUAAAGGCGAAAAUCCUGUUCGAAUUGUUAAAGAUGAAAUGUCAGUGUCGGAAAUUGCAAACAACAAACAAUUGUACGAUGCAUACUGUAAUUUAGCCGAAGGUGACGAAAACAAUUUCAGAAGUCAAAUUGGCGAGAAAGACUUGUCGGUAGAAGAUCAAGUUCAAUGCUUAAUUGAGAUGGCAACAGACAAAGCAAUUCUCGCCAAUAUGUACUUAGGAUGGGAUCCUUGGAUUUAAGUUUUCUAAUUCUUUAAUUCUUUAUUAUAAAGUAUUUCUAAUAAAAGUUACAAAUUAAUUCUAUUUCGUUUCUGUUUCAUUGAUAUUUUCAACAGGAUGUUUUGUGACAAUUUCUUCGUUCACAUCUUUGUCUGAUUCUGAUUUUUGUUUUUGAAGAUAAAAUUCUUUCCUUGCUUCGUUCAACAAAACAUUAUGGAUAAGACGUCUGUUCUUUUGAGAUCGGUCAGGAAGUACAGGUGGAUAUGGAUUUCCAUUUAAUUCCAAAACUGAUAAGAGUUUAUACUUCUUAAGGACAUCUUUGUUG